ACCAACCUUAAAAAGGAAAAAAUGAAAGAGAAGGAAGGAGGCUCGUUUUUGACUUCGUGAGUAGUGGAAAGGACAUGAAUCCGAAAGAGGCUUUGGCCUAGUACUCGUAAAAGUAAACGUAGACAGGCAGAAGACAGGCAUCUCACAUCCAUAUUUUUCCUUGUUCUUAUCCUCCCUCUCUAAUCUCUUUCUCUCUGUUUGCUUAUCAUUAGGGUUUAUCAUAACAUAUCUUUGCCUCCCCGCAAUUCAACUAACUAACUAACAGGUAUUUCAAUAAUUAUUGAUAAGAAAGAAAUGGUGGAGAGUGGAAAGCGGUCGCGUCCCCAAAGAGAUUAUGAUGGGGAUACUAAUAAUCAGAAGAGGCACAAAGAUGAUAAAGGUACUAAUAAUGAUGGACUGAUUGUAUAUAGAAUAUUAUGCCCUGACGAGGUAAUUGGAAGUGUCAUUGGUAAGAGUGGUAAAGUCAUAAACUCCAUAAGGCAUGAGUCAAGGGCAAGAGUUAAGGUGGUGGACCCGUUUCCAGGUGCCAAGGAUAGGAUCUUAACGAUUUAUUGCCAUAUCAAGGAGAAGGAAGAUGUUGAUGUUGAUGAUGAUUUCAAUCACACCAACCCUUUGUGUCCUGCACAGGAUGCUCUUCUUAAAGUUCAUGCUGCGAUUUCUAAUGCUGUUGCAUCUCUUGGGGAUUCUGACAAGAGACUGAGAGACAAGGAGGAAUGCCAGAUUCUUGUCCCAGCUAGUCAGUCCGCAAAUAUUAUUGGCAAGGCUGGGGCAACUAUAAAGAGAUUGAGAAGCAAGACCAGGACCAGCAUUAAAAUCAUUGCAAAAGAUGCCACUGAACCAACUCACUCAUGUGCUAUGGACUUUGACAACUUUCUUCUGAUAACCGGUGAAUCAGAAGCUGUGAAGAAAGCUUUGUUUGCAGUUUCGGCAAUCAUGUAUAAGUUCAAUCCAAAAGAAGAAAUACCCCUUGAGGCAACUGUACCAGAGCCUCCUCCAAGCAUCAUUAUACCAUCAGAUGUCCCUAUUUAUCAACCGGGUGGAUUUUAUCCGAAUGCAGAUCCAAUUGUUUCUUCUAGAUCUGUUCCACCAAUCUUAGGUGCUACACACAUACCAGAACUUCAGGGUUAUGGGGAUAUGGGGAGUUCUUGGCCUGUUUAUUCAUCUACACUCCCGGUAGUUCCUAGUCUUGGCAAUUUCUCUCGAUAUGAGGAGUUAAUUAUACGAGUAUUAUGCCCGUUUGACAAGAUUGGGCGUGUCAUUGGCAAGGGUGGGAGUACCAUUAAAAGCAUAAGACAGGCAAGUGGUGCUCGUAUUGAGGUUGAUGAUACGAAGGCUGAUCGUGAUGAGUGUAUCAUUACAGUUACUGCAACUGAGUCUCCUGAUGAUUUGAAAUCCAUGGCUGUUGAAGCCAUUUUAUUGCUUCAAGGAAAGAUUAAUGAUGAAGAUGAUGACACUGUUGGCAGUCGACUCCUUGUUCUAUCUAAAGUUAUUGGGUGUAUCAUAGGAAAAGGUGGUUCAACUAUAAACGAAAUUCGAAAGAGAACUAAUGCUGAUGUCCGCAUCUCAAAAGGGGCUAAGCCUAAUUGUGCUGAUAGUAAUGAUGAACUUGUUGAGGUUGUUGGAGAAGUUAGUAGCGUUAGAGAUGCACUUGUCCAGAUUGUUCUAAGGCUCAGAGAUGAUGUAUUGAAAGAAAAGGAUGGUGGUCUGAAUUCUUUGGCUGGUGCUGACUCUGUAUACCCUGUUGGUGCUGGUCUUUCUAUACCAUCUAUCCUGCCUUCUGUUCCGCCAGUUGCUCCAAUGGGUUAUGAUCAGAGGGCUGAAAGUGGAAGUGGAUUGGGCCUGCUUUCAUCAAGUAGCCUUUAUGGAUACGGAUCCUUACCGAUGGUAGAAAAUAGCUACGGUUCUCUGGCCUCGUAUUCUUCAUCUAAGCUGUAUGCAGGUUUGCCUUCACCCUCAACUCUUGAAAUGUUAGUGCCUGCUAAUGCAGUUGGCAAAGUGAUGGGUAAAGGAGGUGCAAAUAUAGCCAACAUCCGAAAGAUAUCAGGAGCAAUGAUUGAAAUCUCUGAUGCCAAUUCUGCAAGAGGUGAUCGUAUUGCUUGUAUAUCUGGCACGCCAGAGCAAAAAAAGGCUGCUGAAAACUUGAUCCAGGCAUUUAUUAUGGCCACUUAAGCCUUGACAAUACUUCCUGAUAUUUGAAGGUGAAUAGUAAAAAUCUUGGAAUUCUCUUCCCAUCUUCCUCAAAUGUUUCCUUAGCCGUGUUAGGUUUCGUCUGGAGUAGACUUCGUUUUCUAGGCUUCUACAGCUGAACUCUUCCGGUGUCUUAUAACUGUGCCUUUCAAGAUCAAAUGGGAAGAUAUGCAAGUGGCCAUGGUUAUAGGUUCCUGUUGUUGUUUGCUUGAUCUAUUCUUCCAUCUGCAGAUCUUAGAACAUUUUAGGUUCUUUCCUUUCAUUUUGUUUUACCAGGUCUUAUCAUUAAGUUGUGGGAAGUCCAUCUUAUUUCUGGCAAUUUUUAUACUUUAAUUAAUUUCUGCCCCAAGAAUUAGUAUUGGGAAACCAUGUUGCCAAACACAGAAUGCAUUUGUUGUUUUUUGUCCGUACAAUCUCUACUCUACUUAUUUUAGGAGGGAGCCUUUUUACUGAUGAUCCUAGUGGUGCAUUGUUAGAACCUAGAGGGAUAGCCUAGGUGAACCUAAGAGGGAUGAAUUAGGUAUGCAAGGUAAAGCUACAAUUUAUUUAUUUAUUAUUUAAGAACAUACAUUUCUAAGCACUAAAGCAAACGCGGAAGCAAUUAACAAUAUAAAUGCAAUAAUUAAAUAGCCUGGAUGGUUGGAUUGUUUUGGUUACUAUCCAAUUUCAUCUUGUUUUUGUGUUUUAGUCAUUUCUUGGUUUUCUUUGGUUCUUUAGGAUUUGUUUAGGUUGUGUGGAUAUUACAAGUUGUCCUAUACAAGUCAGGUGCUAUUUGGCAAAAUCCUAUUGCAAGAUCUUGAUUGGCGAAGUUGAUAACUGUUAUAUUUACAAGUUCUUCAUUCUUAACCUUCGUGAAUCCUUUCCAUGCUUAUUUAAUGAUUUCUUGAAUCUAAAUCAUCGCAAUGUGUGUGUAACAUAUAAUAAACAUAUUCAUAUUUAUAUGGCAUGAAUUGUGUUUUACUUGACAAUUAAAAUAAGAUUAAUGCAUGUGACACAAGCAUGUUUCAUGUAGCAUUUUAGUAUAGACUUAUUAAAUCAUUUAAGCAUUAUUUCAUGGCAUUUAAAAGUUUAAUGGCAUAUAUCAUGAUUUAUCAAUAUGACAUACAUAUAUGCAAGAACAUGGCAUGCAUUCAUCAAAAUUAUACAUAUAUGCAAGAACAUGGCAUGCAUUCAUCAAAAUUAUAUCAAAUCAAUGUUAUAAUUGACAUAUAACAUAUUAUUUAGUUAACAAAAUAAAUAUUCAAUGUUUAUGUUAUCAUCAAAAUAUAAUGAAAAACUUCAUUAAAUCAUCAUCAUCAUUGUAGUCAUAAGGCUAACAACGCAUUUUCAUGAAUAUCUACUCGAUUUCCUUCUGUUUUGCAUUGAUAUUACAUCAUCAUAUUACUCUUGCUUAUGGAGCUCACACUUCAUCUUUGUUUCUACAUUUCAGAAUAUCAUGUCUUCCUCCUGUCUGUGAAUUGCUGCAUACUGCUUAGUUUCUGGGCUAUAUUAACAUUAUAAUUUGUAUUUCUAGAAAUAUAAUCUCUAUAAAAAUCUUUCAGGGUUAUUUUUUUAAAAAAAAAAUCCAUGUAAAAUUUACCUCAAAUAUCAUUUUUCCAGCUUUUAGGUCUCCAUUGGAUACAAUCACAUGAACGCACUUUCUUUAACUGUUGUGUUUGAUUGAACAAUCACAGGUUUCCAUACUUACCAAUCAACUAUUUAUUCUGGAACAACUGGGCUUGUGCUUUUUCCAGCAGCUAGUUUUUCUAUAUCUUGUAUUGAAGUAGUUUCUCGGGUUACAGGCAAUCACUGGUUUCUUUUUAUGGUGAUUCUUCCUGCUGGGAAUGUGGGUUGGUCCCUUUUUUUGUUCAUAAACUACUUAAUCUUCACUAAGUUGGCGAUGCUUGUUUCACCAAUGGAAAUACCUCCCAUGUCUCUAAAACGUCCUCCUGAUGCUAUACCAACUCUACUAAUAUUGCUGGAACUUGGGAGUGGUGUGCUACCCAUGUACACAGUAGAUUUCCACUGCAAACAAGGGCCAUAUUUAUUGCAACUGUUUACGCAAUGUUAAAAUAUUAAAAUGCUCUUGGUUUAAUCUAUUAAUCCAACCUUCUCUUCCUUUUUACCCUAUAUUGUUGGUCACGUUAGAAAGUUCACAAUCAGCUGACCUUAUUGUAGUUCUUUGAAUUGAAAAUAUCAUAGGCUGGGUGCAAUUUUCUGUAUGGUGGACUUUCCAUUGAGGAUUUACUACUUAUCAAUGCUUCUUUCACACAACAGCAAUUUUUUAUUUUUUUGGAAUGAGGGCUUCUAGCCUGGUCACCCUAAUUGCAGGGGCUCAGAUUUGAGUUCUCAAUCACUUGACUUCAUACAGUAGCACUUACUCUUUCAUAUAGUGAAAUCCAAAAUACUGGUUUCUUUCACACAAUGGUAAAAUACGAAUAUGCUAUCUUCGUUAAUCUGAAUUCCACCCUUUGUCUGCUCCUUUCUGUUCCCAUAUUAUUGGCCAGGUCACAUUAUAUUGUUGAUGAUCAAGUGAUCUUAUUCUAGUUCUUUUACAUUGAAAAUCUCUUGGGGGUAUACAUUCUAGUUCUUCUAGGUUUUUGUGCUUGUCAAAGAUCUGUUGAACAUAUAAUUCAAAAGCACUGUUUCCUUUUUGCUCGACUGUAUCUUUAUAUGGUUGAUAGUCAUGCCCUUCUCUCUGUUGAAAAUCCAUGUCAAUAUUCAAAUGCCAAAAUUUCUGUUGCUUGCCCUGUUCUGUUUCUCAUGCAUUAAAAUUUGAUACCUUCGAAGAUGGUCUAUGAUGCUCAAUCUGGUGAGUAUGUAGUAGAUAACGAUGUUGUGGUUAUGUUUCUGUGGUAGCAGAGUCAGGCGAUUUGGAUAUGGUAAUAAUUUUGUACAUGCAUGUAGUUGUCUUGAGGACAAAUACAUCAGACAAUUUUGUAUUCUUUGAUGGACAGAUAAUUUGUUGUGUACUAUUAUAUAAAGACUAUGGUAAAUAGCUGCCAUCUUUUAGAAUUA